AUGGGAUGCUGUGCCACUACAUGCUGUGCCACUAAAUCCUCCUCCAGUGAAACACUUGAUGUUGCUGAUAAAUCCUCCUGCAGUGAAACACUUGUGUUCGCUGAUAAAAACUAUCACUUCAGAAUUCCAGCUCUUCUUUACGUUAAAGAAUGGAAGACAUUCCUGGCAUUUGCAGAGAAGCGCACCUCUGCCAAUGAUGCAGACGCAAAGAAUCUGGUGAUGAGUAAAGGCACGGGGGACAGCGGCUCACUGAAGUGGUCUUCCACAGAGGACGUGAAGGAGGCGUUCAAAGAUGGCUACCGCACCAUGAACCCCUGUCCAGUCUUUGAAAGGAACUCAAAAACACUGUUUCUGUUCUUCAUCUGCAUCAAGGGUAACACUUCGGAAGGUCAGCUCAAGCCAGGCCAGACUUGUUUAAGCUACAUCACCAGCACAGACCGCGGGGUGACCUGGAGUGGUUUAACAGACUUAACGAGCAGUGUCAAGUUUACCAAUUACCAAACCUUUGCUGUGGGACCGGGCCACGGGAUCCAGCUGAGAAGCGGCCCACUGCUCGUGCCUGCCUAUGUGAAGGUGUACUCUGGUAAGAGUGUGGAGACCCAUGCUGUGGUGCUGCGCAGCGAGGACCUGAACACCUGGAAGGCAGGCCAGCCCAUCGCCGUGGAGUCCGGUGAGUGCCAGCUGGCCGAGGUGUCUGACGGGGAGGGUAGGAGGCAGGUGUAUCUGAACGCUCGCAGCACCGGAGCACUGGUGCCACGGGUAGAGGCACUGAGUGACGACGGCGGGGCAAGUUUUACCCUUUUCCCCCUCAAAAACCGAACGCUAGAGGAGACGCCAAACGGCUGCCAGGGGAGUGUGUUGGGGUUCCCUGCCAGUGAGCUUCCAGCAGGAGGAGUGGGAUCCUCAGAGACGGCUCUGCUCUUCAGCCACCCGACAGGCCCGGACAGGCUGGACCUCGGGGUCUACAUGAGAAAGUCUCUCCAGGAACACGACCCCUGGGGUAAACCCCACAUCAUCCACAAGGGGGAAAGUGGCUACUCAGACCUCACCUGCUGUGAGGAGGAGGGUCACUUUGGUUGUCUGAUGGAGUGUGGCCAUGGGAGAGUGAGUAAAUGUCUUCAGAUCGCCUUCAAAGAGUUCGAUCUCAAGGAGAUAGUUUAAUCAUUCAGAUGUAGACAGGGGAAGCUGUGUGAAGCCAUUGCUCUGUGACUGACUACAGACCCACCACAGACACAUAGAGGAACAAGCUUCUAAAUAAUAGUAAAUAAUAUAUAAAAUAUAUAUGUAAAUAAU